AUGUCCUCCGCAGCCCAAGAAGAAUUCAACCAGCUGGUGAACAGUAACCGCGAGCGCCACUCCACCCACCCAGAAGACCGCAGCUACCACGACCACGACUCCUCCGACGAAGCUCACUUCUCCGACUCCGAGCCCACCGACUACACCCGCAACAACCGCAAUCGCAAAACAUCCGACUCCUCCGACGAAGACGAAGAGCCCGACAACAUGGUCUCCUCCCGCGCGCCCACCUACCACAUCCCCAACACAGUCUUCGAAGCGAACACAGGGCCCAAGGGCGUAAUCGCCGACGCCCAGGCCUUCGAGCGCGCCCGCAAGAAGUCCUUCCGCCGCACCCUCCUCUCCCACUCCUCCGGCAGCGAUGAUGACGACGAGGCUCGCUUCCUGCGCAAGUGGCGUGCGUCACGCAUGCAUGAGCUGCAGAAUCGGAAUAGUCGUCGGCCGAGUCCGCGUGGUCGGCGAUUUGGGUCCGUUGAGACGGUCGAUGCCGUUGGGUAUCUUGAUGCUAUUGAGAAGGUCACAUCGGAGACGGUUGUUGUUGUUUGUAUCUAUGAUCACCAGUCGGAUGAAAGCGCUAUCGUCGAGGAAUGUCUCGUUACUAUCGCGUCCAGACAGCCCACUACGCGAUUUGUGAAGAUGCAUCAGGAUAUUGCAGAGAUGGACCACAUCAAGGCGCCUGCGUUGCUGGCCUACCGAGGCGGUGAUGUCUUUGCUACGAUUGUUGAUGUUUUGCGCAACAUUCCCCGUGGCCGCAGCUGCAGUGCCGAUAGUCUGGAGGAUUUGUUGAAGUUGUGCGUAUCUCUUUGCUCUACUAUCGUAAUAUUUUACUAUCGUACUAUGUGCUAA